ACGUAGAAUCUCUGCAGGCCGCGUCGACGGCCGGUCGGAUUGCCGUGACGUCGUCGUGGUGCUCUCCCCGUGUGCUCUCUCCUGCGUGCGUCGACACGUUUUGUGUGCAUUGUGAAUAUUCGUGCUGUGGCUGCGUGACGCGGGUGUGUCAGCAUGGCUCCGAAAAAGAUCGAGGAACCCGAACGGAAGCCGCUCAUCGGUCGCGUAGGUACUAACUUAAAAGUUGGCAUAGUCGGGAUACCGAAUGUCGGGAAAUCGACUUUCUUCAACGUACUCACCAAGAGCCAAGCGGCGGCCGAGAACUUCCCCUUCUGCACCAUUGACCCCAAUGAAAAUAAGUGUGACAAAUCUUCAGAAGAGCCAAAGCAACAUGCCGCAGGGGAGUUUCUCGCUGUCGAGUCGAUCGUCUCGCGAGAGAACGGCGAACAUGCGCUUUCCUCGAUCAUAUAUCCGAAAGCUCACUUAUAUUACGCUUUCACCGAAGACAUGCAUCCCAAGAAGAGAAUUGCCACGGCCAAAACGCUUAAAAAAGAAAAACUUCCAUCGCUGGUGUCGCCGACUGAGGAACCCCUCCAGGCUUGGUAUAUGGACGAAGCUACGAAUCGUUACCUUCUAACCGAUCCAUCGAGCUUCAUCAUAUUUGGAAAACCUGGUUUGAAUAGCGUCGACCUGGCUUCAGCAAUAGCUAAAUCUUGGAACUGCAUCUUGAUCUCGCCCUUGUCGUUGAUACAAGACGAGAUCAAUAUUGGCAGCGAGGAAGGUCAACGUAUGAAGGAAACUUUAGCGAACGACAAACGUAUAGCACCGGAUAUCGUCAUGAAUUUAAUACGACGCAGGAUUAAUAUGAGUGAUAUCAGGCACAGAGGCUACGUCGUCGAGGGCCUGCCGCUCAUUCCGCACGAGACGAGCCUCGAUCGCAGACGACCAAAAGUUCACGGAGACCAGAUAUGCGAUCGGACCGAAUCCUGCAGCCAUUCACCCGAUCAGUUGCCCGACGACUCGAUCUGUCAGACAUUUCUUGACCAUGAACGGGAAAUCCCACGGCAGGUCGACGAAAUAUUCACUGAAUGGCCAAUAAAGCCUUCCAUCAUCAUCUACAUGAUGUGCCCUAAGCAGGACGUGAGCCUGAUUAUACAACGCAGUCAACGUGCGGAAACAGCAACAGCUGACGCUGUUGUUGAAGAUAUACCCGAGGAUGGAUCGAAUUCGCCGCUUGACCUUCACCAAGAUACAGAAGAGCCACCGAUCGUGAAUGACGAUCGAAGGAAUCAUUCAGAACGAUUCUCCGAUAUGGAGCAGAAAGUCGAGCUGCAGUGCGAUCUGUACAUGCGAUUGGCGCUGCCGGUGAUCGAUAAAUGGGUCCUGGAGUACGAUCCUCAGCGUGUGAUCCGUGUGGACGGACGUGGCUCAACGCAGCGUAUGCUCCAAACCGUCAACGCGCGUCUACGCAUGCUGCCGCUGCAGCCGUCGAUCUUACCUCAGCAGAUGACAGUCGAAGAGGACGAUUCGAAUCUUGAAGAAGAUGUAAAGGUGAGAAAAGAAAUUAAGAAGCUCGAAAUGGUAGAGAUCUUACAACAUAAAGAAAUCGUAUCCGCCGAAUACCCCUGGAGAUUGCACGCGUGCGAAUUUUGCCCGGUUGCAUUGACUCUAGGACGAAAGAAAAAAGGGUACAUAGAAUACGCAGUGCGGUUUCUAAGAAAUAUUUUCUUCUUGUCGUCUCAAGAAGCCGUAGACAUGUUCGUCGAAAAUCCAAGAACAUUUCUGUCACCGCCAAAUCCCCAGGAGAUCUGCAAAAUAGCAGUGUGCGGGUCGUUAAGCAGUGGCAAGUCGAAACUCAGUCAGCAGCUAGCGGAGGUCUUCGACGGAACGGUGAUAGACAUGAAAAAAAUCCUGCCUAAGACAGAUACUAGAUACAAUAGAUUUAAUUAUUAUACAAAUGAAGAGGUUUUAAAGUCGCUUUAUUUUAUUGAAGAAAGAUGGGAGGAGACAUUCAAGAAUAAGUUAUACAGGGACGGAAGGUACGUUGUAGAUGGAAUUCCCAUUGAGAAUCUUACGGCAGUUAUUAAACAAAUCAGAUUUGAAGACAUCGUCAUUUUAUGGAAUAGAUAUCUGUUUAAUUACAAAAAUGACCGGUAUUUUCAAGAUCAAUUUGCGAAUUUUAAAUAUGAAAUUGAGCAAAUUCGACGCACGCACAAAUUUAACGUGAUAAUGUGCGAACUUUCAAAAUUUGAAGAUGUAUCAAAGAUGAUCACAUAUGUAGUGGAUUGUUUAAAACUUCCUUCCAAGACCCCAACCAGUGCGACGAACGCAGUAAAGUUGGGAACUACAGAAGAAACAACAUUGACGGGAGACAACACGAGCGAUGAGGAACGUCCUCCGCACGUUAUCGACCUCGAGACGGCCGAGCGGCUUCUCGAUUGCGGCUACUAUUUCCUCAGCUCCUUCGGCCGAUGGUGUCCGGUGCAAGCAUACGCCAAUGAAUCCAUACCCGCGGUUCAUAGCCUGAUCAUUCCAGUCAUUCAUCAGGAUUACAUCUAUUUCCUCGCCGGUGAGGACGCGCUUUCCGCAUUCUUGAAGGAACCCUCCAAAUAUCUCAAUCGGGACUUCCGUCCGUCAGCUUUACCGCUUCGAAUCGCCGUGAUCGGACCACCCAAGUGCGGGAAAACGACGCUAGCGGAUCGUUUUGCCAAGACCUAUGGCCUUAAGCGAAUCACUCGCGAUGUAGCCUUGCGUCACAUGUCAAAACACUACGGUUGGUCCAAAUCGGCGCAGAUGGCCGAGGAUCAGCUUCGAGCGGGUCAACCGGCUUCCAUCGACUCCGUGACACGCGCUAUUGAAAUACUCUCUCUAGGGCCACGCGCGAUCUCGCACGGUUACAUCCUGGACGACUAUCCUUCGACUCGUGAGGAAACCGAGCAACUGAUCCUAUCAGGAGUGCAGCCGAUGAUCGUGCUGGACAUGAAAGCGGAUCUAUUGUUUUGCUUAGAAUGCCAGUCUGCGAAUGAUGGCGAUACAAACGCUUCUUCUACUUCCUUCUCCUUUGGUAUGUUGCGUUACGAGAACUGGCAAGUGCAUCAGGCAAGUUUCCGAGAUUGGCUGAAGAAGUUCGCGCGGAACGUCGUCGAGCUGGAUGCCAUGAAAAGCAAGUGGAACGUGUGGACUCUGGCAGAUCGCGCGGUGCGCUCGCGAUUCUCCGAGAUCACGCUCUACCAGCGUGAUGCCGACCUCGACAAAAUACAUAGUCUCCGGCAUAUGUGCGUGUCACCUUUUGAGUUCCAAGAGCGGCAGAGUCAGUACAAAUCGUACUGUCCCGUCUGUCUGUUCCGAGAGAACGUCCUUCAACAAGCUUCCAGACAACGGAUGGACAAUCAAGGGAUGGUGCAGUUCGAAGAGCACUUCUAUUGGAUCUGCCCACGGCACAUGGCUGUUUUCACGGCAGACCCGCGACAGUAUCUACCUCCAAUCAACACUGCAAGCUUGCCCGACGAAGUGCCUCAGAUAUUUGAGCAGGUGGUCGACGUGAAACACGUUUGUUUGGAACGACGUCUUCGUCUGGACGGCUGGUGCCCGGUGACUUACGUCGACGGACCGGAGAAGGGCAAGCUGACGCGCGGCAGGACUGACUUGGCCGUGCUGUUCGGCCAAGGAUUGUAUCUUCUCUGCAGUGAGGAGUGCCGCGACAAGUUCCUCGCGAGACACCAUGACUACUGUAACGUGGAAAUCGCGUCUGUUGGCGAAGUCGACCCGCGAUACCUGCCGGACAGGGGCUUCUUAGAGCACACGGUGGCGAAGCAGGUGGUCGAAGCGGUGAAGCGAGUCGCCGCACGUCGCCCAAAAAUGAUCGGCCUGUCGGCGGCUGCCAGCGCGGCAAUUUAUAUCGGCGUCCACUUGAAGACCCACAAUGCGGAUGUGGACGAGGUCCUUGCCUAUGAGGUUACCGACGAGCGGAUGGCUGAGCGGGAUAAGAUUGUCAAGAUCGUCACCGACACUGUGAAGACCAGGCCCAAUCCGCAUGCGUUUUCACGUCGCGUCCCGGUGCCCGACGCCAGGUUCGACUAUCUCUGUGAAUAUUUUAAGCCAGCUAGCAAAGUCCCAGCUUUCCUGCACGUUAUGGACAUCGCUGGGCUGGUGAAGGGUGCGGCCGAGGGACAGGGGCUGGGGAACAGCUUCCUCUCACAUAUCGGAGCUUGCGACGGCAUCUUUCACCUUUGUCGUGCCUUUGAGGACGACGACGUCACUCACGUGGAGGGCGACGUGAAUCCCGUGAGAGAUCUCGAUAUCAUCAGCGAGGAGCUGCGAUUGAAGGAUGUAGAAUUUUUGAACACGCACCUCGAGAAACUCGAGAAGCUGGUUAUUCGCGGCAACGACAAGAAAUUGAAGCCUGAAUACGAUACGCUUCUGAAGGUUAAGGGCGUUCUGAUGGAGGAGAAGAAACACAUCAGGUUCGCCGACUGGAGUGCCAAUGAUAUCGAGGUGCUCAACAAAUACCUGUUUCUCACGUCGAAACCCAUCAUCUACCUAGUGAACUUGUCGGAGAAAGAUUACAUACGCAAGAAGAACAAAUGGUUGAUCAAAAUAAAAGAGUGGGUUGACAAGAACGACGCGGGCGCGAUCUUGAUCCCCUUCAGCGGCAUCUUCGAGAACAAGGUCCUCGACAUGGACGAGGCGGAGCGCGCAAAAUACUUCGAGGAACACAAAGUCACCAGUGCACUCGAUAAAAUUAUUGUACAAGGCUACAAGGCACUGCAAUUGCAAUAUUUCUUCACGGCUGGUCACGAUGAAGUUAAAGCAUGGACGAUUCAGAAAGGCACGAAGGCACCUCAGGCUGCUGGAAAAAUACACACGGACUUUGAGAAGGGAUUUAUCAUGGCGGAAGUAAUGAAAUUUGACGACUUUAAGAACGAGGGUUCGGAGGCCGCAGUCAAGGCCGCCGGAAAAUACAGGCAACAGGGUCGUAAUUACGUGGUCGAAGACGGUGAUAUUAUCUUCUUCAAAUUCAACGCGGGCGCUGGAUUAAAGGAUGCGAAGAAGAAGUGAUGGCACGCGUUUCUCAUGUUGUUGCUCGUUCACUUGUACAUCAACAUGAUCCUGCUGUCUUGGUGCACGCAUCAAACACGCGUCAAUCAGUCCGACUCGCUUCCCGAUCCUCCCUGAGUUCUUUUUUACUCGCGUUAUACAUUGCAGCGUGAUACAUUGCGGAGCGUCUCUCACGACGAUCACACGACGGUGACAAUUAUUUUUCUAUUGAUUCCCUUCCCGUCCCAUUCGUCUAUCGUGCUCUUAUGAUUAUAUUGCACACGACGCGUCUCAUCGAAGUAAUUCAAUGUUCUUCUUGUUGAAAAUUACGGCGCUAAAAGGGCGACGUGAAACUUUAAAAUAGCAACGGACUUUGUGUCUUCUCUUAGCGAGUAAUGUGUUUCUUGCGAGCGCAGAAGCGGCGCCGCAUUUUCACGAUUAUCACUGUGUACAUAAUUAGCGAACUUCUUCGGGUCACGUUCUGCAUUUCUUAUCUUUGAUGCAACACGCGCGAGCCAGAGUGGUGUGUAUGUGUAUGUGUGUGCAUGUGUGUGCAUAUGUGUGUGAAGGGAAUCGAGGAGAGGGAAUGACGUGUACAUGAAGCAUUUCUUUGUACCGCUCUGUAUUUAUUCGACGACUAUUAAAAUAGAUUGACGUAAAAAAGAAAAGAAGAUUGCAGCUGUGUUUUGCGAGAAUUCACUUCGUCGCGUGCACUUUCUUGCAAUUGCGACGAUUUAUCGCCCGCGUUAAAGCGGUACACAUUAAUCACAUAUUCAGUUUCUAGAUGGCACGGCAGGCUCAUAUUUACGAGUCUUGGCUACACUAAUAACAAAAUCGUGAUUUCUAGAAGCGCCCUUUCUCUCUCUCUCUCUCUCCUUGUAACAGUGAGCUUUACAGUAUACUAAAGUGAGUCUUCAAAGAGAUAAAUAAUUGGAUAAGUUACUUCAUCUUUGUCAGUAACAUAUCUCAUUUAAGGUUCUGAAAGUACAACUGACAAAGAUAGCAACCCAUCCAACAUCUAUUCGUUUUCUUGAAGGCUCAAUCUAGUAUACCAUAGAGUUCACUGCUUUCUAACGCGAUAACGCAAUUGACGUCAUUCAAGUCUCGAUUUCGAUUUUAGACUACUCCUCCGACCAAACGAUCGCACCAUCAACCAUUUUUAAAAGUCUCGUUGAACAAUCGAGAUUUGAGCCAUUGAUAGAACUCCACUUCUAGCGCGAGAGCCAUUUGUAGGGACGCAUUUCUAUCUCGUAACUUGAAAGGCACCGUGGAGACAGUGGGGCGCUUCUCCUUCAGUCCUGCAAAGCGAAAGAACUAAUUUAUCAGCGACAAGAACGUAAUGUUGAAUCAGCAGGAAAGAAGCGUCUCGCGUCUAUAUAAUAAAUAUUUUAUCGGCGAUAUA